AUGAAAGACAAUCAAGCUGAAGAUAUGAAAGACGAUAAUGACAAAGAACACUCCACGGUAAGUUGACCUGAAAACUAAAAAAAUUGAAUGGCUCACAACAUUGACAUAAGGAGAUAAUUUUAUAAUGGAAUUGAUUCAAUUUCUCAACUGAUUUAAAAGUCCCAGUUCAAAUAGGUAAUUAUGGGACGGUGAAGUUGAAUUUCCUUUAAAAUGAUAGGCUGUUGUCGUUGCUUCGCCUAUGCUGUUGCUAUUGCUGCUGAUUAGUAAUGACUGCAGUGAAUAACAUUUACUUACAGUCGUGCACGGGGUAAAAAAGGUACACUGAUUAGAACAAGGAAUAACCGAUCAUUCUUGCAUUUCUUUAACUCCGUAAUUUCCUUUCCCAAUCCAAUUCGUUAUUCUCGAAUAGACACCACCCUCCAAUCAGAUUUAUGCGGCGUUAAUCCAAGUUUCAUGACAAAAACAGAAAAGAAUAGAACAAAAACGUUACAACUCGAUUUGGUAGUUGUCUGCGCCACUGUUGUUUUACAAAUCAUAAGUCCAACAAUUACGAUUCUAUCCCGAAAACAAAAAAAAGCCCAACAGUAGAACUCUGGACAUGUAUCUGUUUCAUACCAACAAACAUAUGACUAACUGUGCUGUUUGUAACUAAACAACAGUUCGAGCGAUUUUCAAUUUAGUGUCGAAAGCAAUCCGAGAUUGCAUUGCUUUUGCUUCACUUCGCCCUGUGAACAGUUGAGAAAACUCGCGCCAGUCUCUCAACCAAUCAAAUGCAAAACUAAAACAAACACGAAUUGGUCACCCACGUUUUCCCGCGCUAAGUUUGGACAGUUUGGUUGGUUUCACUUUGAUCUUUGACUUUUUAAGGUAUUUCCCUUUCUUCUGAUCAACCGUUGUGAUAACUUUGUUUUUGGUUUUAACUAAACAACAAAUAGCUAAUUUAGUUAUUUUCAUACAGCCUUUAUCGACUGAACGCCUCAGCUUAAGUGGAGUGGGUCGCUCUUCACCGAGCUGUCGGAUCUGUCAGUCAUCCAGGCGGUCUGUUCAGGAAUUGGGGGAGCUCCUUGAUAGUCCCUGUCAUUGCAGGGGCACUCUCGGUUUCGUACACAAACAUUGCAUAGAGACAUGGUUGCGCGUGCGCAAGCAAGACACCUGUGAAUUGUGUCAUUUUAAAUUUGAGACGAGGUGGAGAUACAAGCCAUUUCGUGAGGUAGGCAGGGGUUUCAGUCUGUAUUGCACAUUCAUUGUUAAGAUCGUACGCAGCUAGCAUUAUACUGGUAAGGCGUAGGCCGAUUCCCCAUGAAAAAUAGUAAUCGACCUCUCAAGAUGAGCAUGGAUCAAAAAUAUUUAAAACCUGAGAAGUAAGAGAGAUAACCUGUUGAAGUUAAACCAGGAACAAAUGUUAAGUCAAAAGAGUUAAAUAAAAUAAUGUUCAAAACAUAGACUUACAUGUUGCCAAAAGAGCUUGAUAUUACAUCAUACAACGAAAAUUUGUGGUCGAAAAUAUCCAAAAACGUUUAACCUAACCCUUUACACCCUAACAUCAGUAUCUAUAUUCGCCAUACGCACCUCAAAUCGUUAUUCGUGUGCUAUAAUUCUGAUAAGGAUAUAUUCAUUUAAAAAUCAAAGCUUCUUAAAUGGGUGACCAUUUCCUUUAUUCUUAUGAUCCUAAGAAAUGAUUCAGCAGUAUUACUUUAAGGAGAAAUUAGAUGCUGGUCACGCUAUGAGUUUAAAGGGUUGAGAAUGUUGUAUAACUCUUUUGUAAGAUGCUUGUACCUGGUCAUCAAAAUCGCACGUCGAAUGUAGAUCCCUGCAAAUCAUGUGAAAGAUGAUAUUUGAUACAAUUAACAACAACUUUGUAAUUUUACAGUGGCAGUUCAUCCAAGUCUUCGAAAUGCUUAACAGCAACGAAAAGGGCGUCCUUAUGCUGGGAUUUGUAAACUUCUUGUUGUUCAUUCUCGAGAUUCCAUUUCUCUACUACAUAUUCAAAAUGAACAGCAAGUAUUUUGCCGAUCAUAUAAAUAGCUCAGAUGAAAGCCAAGACAAUUUUUCCGGAGUUAUUGCUCUCCUUCUUACAUUGUUGCUGUUUUUCUCCAUGGUAUUGUUUGCAUCCUCUAUCAUCUUCAUUGUAUUUGGUUUCAAGAUGUUGCGUAAGGUUUUGGGCUAUAACAGAGAAGUUAUCUUAAUCAUUCCCAAGAGGCGUUUGGAGGAAUCAAUGGAAGAUGAACAUGUAGUGUAA